GCGGAUAAUGAUACUUCUCGCAGGGGUACCGGAGUUGUGCUACAAGACUUUUCGACGUCUUCUAGAAGCACCUUCUUCCAAGAUCCAGCUCCAUCUUCUGGGAGAGGACUUUCUGAGCACGCUGCAUCUUCCUCUUCCCGCUCCGUGUCUCCGGUACAACAACAUGCUAGUAGUCGUACAGCUUCCAAAAACAAAGAAGAUUCAGACGUAGUCUGGCGAUCUCUCCAGGACAUCGAGUGGCUAGAAGCGAAGUUGCAGAACAAUCUGGCCCAACUAGAAGAACGGGUAUCGUCUAUCAAGAACGCGACAAGCGCUGAAAGAAGUUUCGUCAUGGAUAGUCUAGAGCAGACAACUAGUGGUAGAGCAGGAGGAGGUGCAUCUUCUAGUCCGAGCUUGAUGUUCCAAACAGGAGGAGGAUUCGAUCCUCUACCGAUCGCAACUGCUCCUUCGUUUCUUGGCUCGAAUGCUUCGACUUCCAGUCCUUCGAGGACUGCAACAUUAGGCAACACCUUCAAUACAGCAUAUAACAAUACUAGUGUCCAGCAACUCCAACAAGAACGAUGGGAAAGUGGUGAGUCUAGACUAAAGGAGUAUGAGUCACAGCAACUGCUGAAAUUGCACGAACAAAACAUGGCAGAGCUAGAUCACUUGCGAAAGAAGAUGUUGGGUCAAGCGCGGAGCAGGUCGGUUUCGCCGGAAAGGGAAAAUAGGUCGCCUGAGACGAGAACAACGAGGUCUUUAUUUACACCGCUAGAGAACUCAACAAUGCCUGCGGCAUUAGCUGCCGGAGGACCAACAUCUUCAUUUUCCACUGCACCUACUACAACAGCUACAGCUCCCAUAGCUCCACCAGCACUUUCUUCGAACAUCAAAAGUGCUACCUUCUUGCAGGAACAAGAGCAAUACUAUGCAGCUGCCCUUCAUUCGUUGUUGACGGAUUCUGUGUCUUCGUCAAAUGCAGCAGACCCAAAAGCGGAACUGUCUUUUCAGAAUGACAACAUGUUCCUGCCGCUUCCAUCAUCGUCUUCGUCCAUGAUAAAUCGCAGCGCAGUGGGUUCUUCGGGACCAGCACAAGGCUCAUCUUCUUCCUCUUCCAACAAAAAGCCUGGUCACGAACUGCGUUUGUCUGAGGAUGAACGCAUCCUGACGCAUCAGGUGAAUAGGAUUCAAGAGGAAUUGAAUCAAAGGAGAUCGCGGAAAAACUCGGAUACUUCUAGCGCUCCAACACCCGCGGGGCCAUCGAAAGAUGAGGCACAACGCAUUUUCAGCAUUCUAACGGGGAAAAGCAAAGAAGAUGAAGAUUUUUCUUGAGGGGAUGGCUUGUACUGAUGUAGUUGAAUAAAAUUAUUCCUGUAAGUAAACAAGUACAAGUGAAACUGAGGACAUGCCACUUGGUAGAUACAGGAUUCUAGCCUUUGAGUUUGAUAUUUUCGUAGUUAUGAAUAUAUGCAUGGUAGGUGAAGGUGUAGGAGGUUAAGAGAUGGAGGUUAGAGGGAGGAUCAUGAUUUUUCACUUAAGUUUUUUUUUUUGAAAUUUGAACAAGAAGAAAGCUUGGAGUCAGGAAUGGUUGGAUUACUUACAUUUACAAAGAACAGAACAAAAAGUCAAGAAUUCGUCUAAACUGACACGCAACGUGAGAUUUAAUUCGAAUUCCAAACGUGUUUCUGGAAAAAUGAUAAUUUGAUUACUUUCUUCGUCAUCACACUCGCAUUACAUUAAAAAUAUAUGGGUGGUCCAGUUCCAAUCAUCAUGUUUCUGCGAUGAUCUCUUGUAGUUGUUUGUUUCCUUCAACUACGUAAGGAUAACGAUACAUCAUGCUUAUCACGAAAAACAAGCGCGCGAGUGCCAAAGAUGCACCUCGCUAUUGCUGGGAUAUAAAGCGCAAAUGAUCGUAAAAAAUGAAUCCACGUAGUCUUUGUCAUUUUUUCAUUCUGAUGCUAUCACUAUCUCAUGCAGUUAAUACAACUACCAUUACAUCAGCCCUCAGACGACACUUCUGCCAAUGCCAGCACACUGGUUGGUGUUAUGGAUAAAACAGUAGUUGAACAUGAACAAGCUGAUGUUCCGUAAAAAC